UCCAGUUCUUUCGUUUUAACAAAUAAUUAUCACUUUCUCAGACCGAGAACACAAGUAUUCAGACUGUCCCAUCCCACCCCAGAAGCUGCCCUCAAAGGGCAAGAGACCGCGCUGAGCAGUCAGUGCUCCUCAGUCCCACAGGGAAAGUUCCCGGAGGCCGCAGAUGCUGCAAUCCGGACACAAAGUGCCGGAGGAACUCAGUUUUGUGCGUUGAAAUAAAGUUCUUUGUUGUUGACGCUUGUGAAGAUGGCGGCGGGUAGGACGCCCUUGGUUGCUAUCGGCCGUUGGGCCGGUCUGUUGAACGGCGGCGGCCGGUGGUUCAGGUCCAAGCUGCGGCUGAGCAGCCCUCAUUCUACGAAGGGUUACACUCUGCCAGCAACAAACAGCGCUGCUACCGAGGCAGGAAUUCCUCAGAAAGGCUCUGGCUUUGCACCAAGUUUUGAAGGACCUAUGCAGCACUAUGAAUCAUUGGUCAGACGAGGAGAUAUAAAACACGAUGAACACCAGAGAAGGGUUGUGCAGUGUUUACAGAGACUUCAUGAAUUGCUUAAAGGAUACAAUCCUGGUCAACAGAAUUUCUUUUCACAGUUUUUUGACAGUCCUAAACCUCCCAAGGGCCUUUAUGUUUAUGGAGAUGUUGGUUCUGGGAAAACAAUGGUGAUGGACCUAUUUUAUUCUCAUGCGACAGUUAAAAGGAAGAAUCGAGUACAUUUUCAUGGUUUCAUGCUAGAUGUCCAUAAAAGAAUUCAUCGGUUAAAGCAAACUUUACCAAAAAGGAAGCCUGGCUUAAUGGCAAAAUCGUAUGAUCCGAUAGCACCCAUUGCCACAGAAAUCAGUGAUGAGACCUGCCUGUUGUGUUUUGAUGAGUUUCAGGUCACAGAUAUUGCUGAUGCCAUGAUACUGAAGCAGCUUUUUGAAAAUCUAUUCAAAAAUGGUGUUGUUGUUGUGGCCACAUCCAACAGACCACCUGAAGACCUCUAUAAAAAUGGGCUUCAGAGGGCUAACUUUGUGCCAUUUAUUGAUGUCCUGAAGGAAUAUUGUGAUGCUAUCCAGUUGAAUUCUGGAAUUGACUACAGGAGAAGGGCCUCUUCUGGAGCAGCACGACUUUAUUAUCUCACAAGUGAAGCUGAUGUGGAGGCUGUCAUGGAUAAGCUAUUUGAUGAGCUGGCUCAGAAACAAAAUGAUAUAACAAGACCAAGGAUUUUGAAAGUGCAAGGUAGAGAGCUGAGAUUGAGCAAAGCUUGUGGAACCAUGGCAGACUGCACAUUUGAAGAGCUAUGUGACAAACCCCUUGGAGCAAGUGACUACCUGGAGAUUGCUAAGCAUUUCGACACCGUGUUCAUCAGGAACAUACCCAUGCUGACUUUAGCAAAGAAGACUCAAGCACGGCGCUUCAUCACUCUUAUUGAUACCUUUUAUGAUCAUAAGGUCAGGGUGAUUUGCUUAGCUGCAAUGCCAUUGGAGAAUAUAUUUGUUCAAAAGGAUCAUGACAGUCACGAGGAUGAUGCCAGAGUGUUUAUAGACGACCUAGGAUUGAAUCACAAGGUAGAAGACCUUUCCAUUUUUUCUGGAGCGGAAGAAAUAUUUGCAUUUCAGCGCACGGUCUCCCGGCUCACGGAAAUGCAAACUGAACAGUACUGGAAUGAAGGAGACCGGAGGAAGAAGUGACCGAGUGAAUGUAAAACUUAAUUGAAAAUCCACAAAGUGCAAUGAACAAUGGAUCAAAUUUUAGUUUAAUGCAAGGACUGAGAUGAACAUGACGAAGUAUAAGUGUACUCCCAUUUUUUCAACACUUCAUUAACAGGACCAUUUGAUGUACUUCCACACAACAUUUUCAAAAAUUUGCUGGGCCUAAACUAAUGUGUAGUUGUCUUUUGUUUUUAACUUAGAGGACAGUUUCCUUUUGUAUUGCUUUUUGUGGUUUAUCACCCAGUUAUCUUUCCUUGAUUAAUUGUCUCUUCUGUUCUGCACCGAUUUACUUUGGUAGGGUUUCCAUGUUACGGAAUUUGUCCUUUUUCUUAGACUGCUCCAAAAAAUAAUGAAAUAAAAUCACAGAUCAAGAAAAAGCAUAUAACUCCAUCCAACUCACUCCAUCCACAGUAAUCUCUCACUGUGAUUUGUUCUCGUUAACGCUAUGUCCUCAGGGAAAAU